GCCUGCCCCGCCACCACCACCUCCGCCUCCGGACCCUGGACUUAAGUCACAACAGAUUGUCUUCGAUCGAGGCAAGUUUCAUGAGUCACCUCCGAAAUCUUCGAGAAGUGAAAUUGAACAACAAUGAACUGGAGGCCGUACCAAAUCUGGGAGCCGUGUCAGCGAAUAUCACCCUUCUCUCCUUGGCCAACAACAAGAUUAAUGACAUUUUACCGGAACACCUAAAACCCUUCCGUUCCCUGGAAAGUUUGGAUCUGAGCGGCAACAACAUAUCAGAGCUUAAAUCUGCAUUUCCAUCUAUACCGCUCAAGUACCUGUACAUGAACAACAACCAGAUAGAGUCGUUGGAGCCCGGCUCAUUAGAUGGCCUAGCCAACACGCUUCAGGUGUUGAAACUGAACAGGAACCAAAUCACCUCGAUUCCUCCAAAGAUGUUUAAACUGCCCCAUCUCCAGCACCUAGAACUGACCCGCAACAAAAUUAAAAGAAUUGAUGGACUCACCUUCCAAGGACUUGGAGCCUUGAAAUCGCUAAAGCUGCAGAGAAAUGGAAUAAUGAAACUUAUGGAUGGAGCGUUUUGGGGGCUGAGCAACAUGGAAAUCUUGCAGCUGGACAAGAACCACCUGAGCGAGAUCACCAAGGGCUGGCUUUACGGGCUGCUGAUGCUGCAGGAGCUGCAUCUCAGCCAGAACGCCGUCAGCAGGAUCAGCCCCGACGCCUGGGAGUUCUGCCAGAAACUCAGUGAGCUUGACCUGACCUUCAAUCGCUUAACACGAUUAGAUGACUCAAGUUUCAUCGGUUUAAACUUACUAAGUACACUAUCCAUUGGGAACAACAAAGUAAGCUACAUUGCCGAUUGUGCUUUCCGAGGACUUGCCAGUUUACAGACCCUGGAUCUGAAGAACAAUGAAAUCUCUUGGACUAUUGAAGAUAUGAGCGGUGCCUUCUCUGGACUUGAUAAGCUUAAAAAGCUGAUGCUUCAAGGAAACCGGAUUCGCUCUGUUACAAAGAAGGCAUUUUCUGGGUUGGAUGCACUUGAGCACCUAGACCUGAGCAACAAUGCCAUCAUGUCUAUACAGGGCAAUGCGUUUUCACAAAUGAAGAAACUUCAGGAAUUGCAUUUGAAUACGUCCAGUCUUUUGUGUGAUUGCCAGCUGAAAUGGUUUCCACAGUGGGUGGCAGAAAACAACUUUCAGAGCUUUGUCAUUGGCAGUUGUGCCCAUCCUCAGCUGCUGAAAGGGAGAAGUAUUUUUGCUGUGAGCCCAGAUGGUUUUGUGUGUGACGAUUUUCCGAAACCUCAGAUCACAGUCCAGCCAGAGACCCAGUCGGCGAUAAAAGGCUCCAAUUUGAGUUUUAUCUGUUCAGCUGCGAGCAGCAGUGAUUCCCCGAUGACUUUUGCGUGGAAGAAGGACAAUGAACUGCUUCCCGAUGCUGAGAUGGAAAAUUACGCCCACCUCCGGGCCCAGGGGGGCGAAGUGAUGGAGUACACGACCAUCCUCCGCCUGCGCAACGUGGAAUUUGCCAGCGAAGGAAAGUACCAGUGCGUCAUCUCCAAUCACUUCGGAUCAUCCUACUCCAUCAAAGCCAAGCUCACUGUUAAUAUGCUGCCUUCGCUUACGAAGAUGCCCAUGGAUCUGACCAUCCGAGCGGGGGCAACGGCCCGCCUGGAGUGUGCCGCCGUGGGCCACCCGGCUCCCCAGAUCGCCUGGCAGAAAGACGGCGGCACAGACUUCCCCGCCGCUCGGGAGCGGCGGAUGCACGUCAUGCCCGAGGACGACGUGUUUUUCAUCGUGGAUGUCAAAAUCGAGGACGUCGGCGUCUACAGCUGCACCGCCCAAAACAAUGCCGGGAGCAUCUCCGCUAACGCCACGCUCACUGUCCUGGAAACCCCGUCGUUCUUACGGCCGCUGUUGGAUCGCACGGUGACCAGAGGGGAGACGGCAGUGCUGCAGUGCAUCGCGGGCGGCAGCCCCCCGCCCCGGCUCAACUGGACCAAGGACGACAGCCCCGUGGUGGUGACCGAGCGCCACUUCUUCGCCGCCGGGAACCAGCUGCUGAUCAUCGUGGACACGGACGUGGAGGACGCCGGCAGGUACACCUGCGAAAUGUCCAACACGCUGGGGACGGAGCGGGGAGACAUCGGGCUGAGCGUCAUCCCCACUCCCACCUGCGACUCGCCACAGAACUCGGCCCCGGCUCUGGACGACGACGGGUGGGCCACCGUGGGCGUGGUGAUCAUAGCGGUGGUCUGCUGCGUGGUGGGCACCUCCCUCGUGUGGGUGGUCAUCAUCUACCACACACGGAGAAGAAACGAAGACUGCAGCAUCACCAACACAGAUGAGACCAACCUGCCGGCAGACAUUCCGAGUUAUCUGUCCUCCCAGGGGACCCUCGCGGAAAGGCAGGAUGGGUACGGCUCGUCGGAAAACGGGAGCCAUCAUCAGUUUGUGGCUUCUUCCACGGGUGGCUACUUCUUUCAGCAGCGCGACAGUAAUGGUACCUGUCAUAUCGACACCAGCAGCGAAACAGACGUUGAAGCCGUUCCGGAUCCAUUCUUAUGCCACUACGUGGGGUCUUCGGGGCCUGUGUAUUUGAAAGGAAAUGCUUAUGGUCCAGAUGUGUUUGAAGCGUGCCAUGCAGGUUGCAGCCCCGACCCAAGAAGCAUUGGCCCAGAUCAUUACGAGUCGAGUUACUUAAAGAAAAAGGAAUGUCACCCGACCGUCCAUCCGUCCGAAGAGUCUAGUGACCAGAAUGUGGGUACGAUGGGAGUGCCGUCUCCCGGGAAUAAACGGAUUCAUUCCAUGUACGCUCAAAGCGAAGGACCAGGGAUCAGAUGCCUGAGCCCAAACUCAAGCCCUGCAGAUUUUAGUGGCCAUCAGGAGCCGAUGUCUGCCGUGCCGAGUUGUGCUUUUAUGGGGACAUUUGGAAAGCCUCUUUGGAGGCCGCAACUGGCUCCACCAUCAAAUCUGGGACAGCCAACCAAUUAUACCUUAAAAGCCUCCCCUCUUAACCCUCAUGCCUCGCUGGACCUUGACUCUGAGGCAGAGGAAGGUGGAAAAAACAGGACAGUUCUUCAAGAAGAAAGCCACGCGUCUAUCUCUAAACAGGGUUUGGAAAACUACAGGACUCCUACUUUUCAGACUUCUGACUUGGACACAUAGCUACUUCUGAAUUUUACCAUUGAUUGGAACCAGAGACGAAUUUUAACGUUCUACCUCACUUGAACUUUUAUUUAAAAGAAAGAAGAGAAUCCUACCUUGUGAAUGGAGUGAAAUGCAUAUUUAUAAAAUAAGCCACAAUUACCAAAUGGUUAUAGAAUUUUCUACAAGGAGCAUCUUCCACAUAAGAAUAACAUUUUGAACUGUUCAUAUAGCUUUUGUUUAUACAAAUAGCCUCUUUUGUAAAUUAACGGGAUACGUACCAUGACUAUUUUGUGUAUUUUUAUAUUGUCAGAUUUUCUUCUAUCGAAAAUGAGUACUAAAGCAUUUUAAAUCAUUGCAUAGUCUGGAACCUUUCUCUGAAUGGACAUUUGUCACUUUUGCACAUUAGAUUUAAUAAAAUGUGGAUCUUGACCAUAGUAAGGGUUUCAUAUAAUGCAGUCAAGGUGCAGUGAUGCCGUGCUUACUUUUUAAUUGUUUCUGACAUUUUGGGUGCAGUCUUUAUUGAAUAAAGGAAGCAUAUUACGCUGUA